GCAUGUCCCACAUAUUUGCUUUCUAUUAUUCCUUACCCUUUUUUUUUCGAUGUGUACAAAUAAAAUGCCACCUAUUAAUUCAUUCUUCAUUCAUCCUCUACCUCUCUCCCUCCCUCCACCCUCUUCAUUGCAUCUCAUGGAGAAACCUCGAGUGACGGAGAUUCAUGUCCGGAUGGACUGUAACGGAUGCGUGCAGAAGAUAAAGAAAGCGCUACAUGGCAUCAAUGGUAUAUAUGAGCUUUACAUUGACUUCCCACAACAAAAGUUGACAAUAAUUGGGUGGGCGGAUCCGGAGAAGAUAGUAAAAGCUAUUAAGAAGACGAGGAAGAUUGCCACCAUAUGUUCCCACACAGAACAACAAACAGAGCCUGCUCCUCAGCCGCCAGAACAAGCACCAGAGAAUGGUGCGCCAGCUCCUGAGGUGGCAAAUCCUCCUCCGGCAGAAGCACCACCACCGGCUGAGGCAGCUCCACCAGCUGAAGCUGCCUCGUCAGCAGAGCCACCGAGAGAAUCACCACCGCCUCAACAGCCAGCACCAGAGCCAGCAACGCCAACACCUGUAGCUGCUGAGACUAACACCGGGCAACAAAUACACCACCAGAGACCAAGAGACGUUGGAGAAGUUCAUACAAUUUACCACCACGGUCACCACCCACCGGGACAAUCACCACCGCCUCAACAGCCAGCGCCAGAGCCAGCAGCACCAACACCUGUAGCUACUGAGACUAAUCCUGGGCAACAAAUACACCACCAGAGACCAAGAGACGUUGGAGAAGUUCAUACCAUAUACCACCACGGUCACCACCCACCUGAUUAUGGCUACAGAUAUGGCUACUCUCAAGGCUACAAUGGCUACUGGAACGGAUACCAUAACAGCCAAGGACCUCCAACGGAGACUGCCCCUAUCCCCACCCCAAUGGGCCCUUCCCCGAUGACCCCCGCCGCAAUGGGCCCUCCUCCGAUGAGCCCCAGCACAAUGAGUCACACCCCAGCUCCACCUAUGUAUGUAACACACAGCUACAACACAUACAGGCCAUCACCUUAUGUUACAGAAUAUCAAUACAUCCAGCCGCCCCCACAACCCACACAUUUGAGCAGGACGAACCAUUACAACGAGGAGCAGCACUAUGUCAACGGGAACGGCAACGGAAACAUCACAUCAAUUUUUAGCGACGAAAAUCCGAAUGCAUGCACCGUAAUGUAGAGAGAGAGAGAGACACACACACACAACGGUGCAAAAGGAGGGCUGCUGUUUAUCCCCAAAAGAAUCACGGCAAGAAAGUUAAUGGAGAAUAUAUUAGCAGGAAAAUAUAUUUUUCUAAUAACCAUGUGAUGUUACGGGAAGAAAGAAUGAGAUUCCAAGCUUGUAGGUGAAGAAAGAAUUGAUCUUAAAUCCCUCUCCAACAGGGCUAUAAUACAUAUUGCCUGCAACCUGGAGUUUCCAAAA